CCAUUCAGUCUGUUGUUGAAGCAGAAGCAGCAGUCUUGUAUGUGGAUCCUUGGUAAGAGGACAGCUGCAGGAGAUACAUCCCGGACCAAACUGCCCGAGCAACAUGAUCGUUGUGAGAAUCGUCGCUUGCCUGUGUCUGAUGGUGGGCUUCUCGCUCCAGGUGGACGUGCAAAGUGGGAAAGAGGCAGCAAAAGCCGGGAAUUUCAUGGAAGAUGAGCAAUGGCUGUCAACCAUCUCCCAGUACAGCCGUAAGAUCAAACACUGGAAUCGCUUCAGAGACGAAGUCGAGGAUGACAUCAGAAACGUGGAGGAGAACACAGGUUCUGAUGAAACCGUGGACACCACCAAGGACCCGUGCCAGAAUGUGAAGUGCAGCCGCCAUAAGGUGUGCGUCGCUCAGGGCUACCAGAGGGCCAUGUGUGUCAAUCGCAAAAAACUAGAGCACAGAGUCAAACAGCCAGGGCAACAGGAAGCUCAUGAAAGCAGCUGCAAGCCUUGUCCUGUUACUGCCUCCUCACCUGUAUGUGGUUCUGAUGGACACAACUACGCCUCUGAGUGUAAGCUGGAGCAGCAGGCCUGCCUCACAGGCAAAGAGCUAAACAUCAUGUGCACUGGCUUUUGCCCCUGUGCCACAGCCCCCAUUACCAUCACGAAUACUGACACAAAACGUGAGAGCUGCACUGGCCAGGAUGUGGCAGACCUGGGCGACCGCCUAAGAGACUGGUUCCAACUCCUUCAUGGUAAUGCCAAGCAGAAUAACUCUGGCAAGCUCGGAGCUGGCAGUGCUUCAGGUUUGACAGCGCUGGACAGGAGCCUUGUAGCCAGCUGUAAGGACUCCAUCGGCUGGAUGUUCUCAAAGCUGGACACUAACAGUGACCUGUAUCUGGACCAAGCUGAGCUGGCGGCUAUUAACCUGGACAAGUACGAGGUCUGCAUCCGACCCUUCUUUAACUCCUGCGACAGCUACAAGGAUGGGAAGGUCUCUACGGCGGAGUGGUGCCUCUGCUUCUGGAGAGAAAAGCCGCCAUGCCUCGUUGAGCUGGAGAGGAUCCAGGUGCAGGAGGCGGCCAAGAAGAAGCCUGGAAUGUACAUUCCCAGCUGUGACGAGGAUGGCUACUACAGGAAAGUGCAGUGUGACCAGAGCCGAGGGGAGUGCUGGUGUGUCGACCAGCAUGGUGGAGAGCUGAUGGGCACCAGAAUCCAUGGCAACCCUGAUUGCGAUGAAGUGGCGGGAUAUUCUGGAGAUUUUGGGAGUGGAGUGGGAUGGGAGGACGAAGAGGAUAAGGAGGCAGAGGACAACGGGGAGGAGGCAGAAGAGGAGGAAGAGGAGGAGGGCGAGGCAGACGAUGGAGGAUACAUCUGGUAGAAAUGUCUGACCCCAUGCGGAGAGCCGAGUCACAGCUGCUGGCCUGAAAAUCUAUAGGUUAGGCUCUCUCCUCACAGCAAAAGAUUUUGGGAUCGAAAUGGGGAGGCAUGGAGUUGUGUCAUCCUGGUGGGAUAUGUGGUGCUGGUCAGGUCCAGGGAUGAGACGAUGACCAGUUUUUGUCUUAGAUAUGUGUAAUUGCUUCAUUCUCUUCUGUUUUUUGAGCAACAGAGCUUUUUGUUUUGCUGCCCUGAAAAGCAGGGCCCACUGACUACUGCGCCAUAGGUAGCUAAAAUCCAUCAGAAUUCCAAUCUUGUCCAACCGCCAUCUAUGCAUAUAGAGAUUACCAGUAAAUUUGUAUUGUGUGAACAAUUGCUUGAGUAUUAGAGCCGCCGUCCCACUGGAAUGACUAGAGAUCAGAAUUUAAAGGAAUAGUUGGACAUUUUGGGAAAAACGCUUGUUUGCUUCACUCUCACAUUAAAUAUUAAGCUAGAGCUAGCCAACAGUUAGCUUUGCUUAGCAUAAAGACUAUAAACAGGGGCUCUGUUUAAAUGUAAGAAAAUAUGCCUACCCAAACCUCUAAAGCUCACUAAAUAACAUCUUACAUCUUGUUUGUUUAAUCUGCACAGAAACCACAGUGUAAAAAUAAAACGUUUUUAUGAAACAUUAUGUGCCAGACUACAGCAAUUCACUUUGCAAGGAUAGUCUGCACCUGUAAAAAUGAUAUGACGUAUUAAUUAGAAGAGCUUUAGAGGUGCUGGUAGGCAGAUUGUGUUACCUUUAGAGAGAGACAGUCUAGCUGUUUCUCCCGUUUCAGCCUUUAAAGCAGCUAUAAUCAAUAUUUUAAUAACAAUGUGUCAUAAAGCCAAUGUGGAUUGCUUGUAGUGAUGAAGCUGCAGGGAAUUAUCACCUGAAUCUGCAGCUCCACUUGGCUUCACAGAGCUUUAUAGUGAGGCUCAGCUCAUUGUUUAGCUCUCUGGCCCACAACUUUACUGUUUUGAUUCAUUCAAAGGUCAAAUUAACAAAAUCAGGCAGGAAAAACACUCCAAAACGUUACCUGUGGAGUGUCGUGACUCUUCAUAUUUUUCUGUAUAAAGUUCCAUCCAUCCAUCCAUCCAUUGUCAUCCGCUUAUCCUGCGUACAGGGUCGCAAGCUGUAUAAAGUUAUGGCCCACAAUGAAAAAUGUUUGGCCACCCCUGCUUUACCAGCUGAAGAGCCAGAUAUUUCCCUUAGGAGCUGGUAGAGCAUAAAAACAGAGCUAAAAAAGAGUUAACGUUGGACUUCCAUUCACCCUAAACACGACUCCAUAUGAAUGUAAAUGUUGCUCCGUAACUGUUGUGUGAUCUGUAAGAAAUUGUUCAACUUAAUGCCAUAUCAACUUAAAAAGCAAGAAUAUGUUAAAGCAGUGUUCAAAACUUGUUUCCGCUGCCCCCAACGGGCCACAUAAAUCAGUGAUUACAGCUCUGAUCUAAGCUGAGCUAACCGUCUCCUGGCUGUAGCUUCAUAUUUACCGUUCAGACAGAGGAUGGUUUUGAUCUUCUCAUCUAUCUUAGAUUGAUAGCCAACAUUUCCCAAAAUGUCAAUCUAUCAGUUCAGUGCAAUGUGGUUGUGUAUCUCCAAACUGAUUCUGUAUAUAAAUCCAGUUUAAAGGAUCUGUGAAACAAAUUUAGAGGAUUCAGGGUUACUUCGGUUUUAAUCUACCUUUAUGAUGAAGGUGCACCACAAAGGAGUUUUUACAUGCUUUACGAUUUAAGUGGAUACACAUGACUAUAGGACCUACAUUUCCAGUUGGAUUACUUUUAUUGAAAACCUGUAGAAUGUACUUUAAUGACCCAAACUGCACCUACAGUAGAAACCACUAGUCGCUCUCCUCUGCUAACUCAUGUCAAAGAAUGUUCCACAACUGUUUUAUUCUGAGUUUGCAACUUGAAAAAUUGUAUUUUGUGUUUAUAUAAAAAAAAAUGUGUUACUUGAAGUUCUGUGUGUAUACUUGAAUUCACAUUGUAAUUUUUUUUUCUAUAAGAAUAUUGUUGCCAUGUCUUCAUUCAUGUUAUUAGUAGGCCAGACAUUUGGUUGUUUUUAGACUUGCAUGUUAGUAAAUAAGAAUGUACUUCUAGGCUGAGCACUUUACUAAUAAAGGCACUGGAGCCAA